GCAUACCCAGACAUUUUACGAUGUCAGAUACUCUAGAUGUUCCUGGUACAAGCAAUAAACAGCGUGAUUCUUACGACGCUACUGGUGGCGAUAUUUCUAUAGUGUCCUUUACUGAUGGAUCUAUUAGCUCAGUCCCUAGAAGCUUGAAGUCGGGAUCAUGUCGCAGUGUGGACGAAUUUGAGAAGUUGAAUCGCAUCGGAGAAGGAACAUACGGCAUAGUCUAUAGAGCUCUCGAUACUCGAAGUAAAGAAAUCGUGGCACUGAAACGAGUUAGAAUGGAGAGGGAGAGAGAUGGUCUUCCGAUCAGUAGUCUUCGCGAGAUUAUGCUGCUGCUAGACCUGAGGCAUGACAAUGUGGUGGAGUUGAUGGAAGUUGUUGUAGGAAAGGAAUUAAACAGCAUAUUCUUAGUGAUGAAGUAUUGUGAGCAAGAUUUAGCAAGUCUGUUGGAUAACAUGCCUACUCCAUUCACAGAGGCCGAGGUGAAAUGCAUUAUGAAACAGAUGUUUAGUGGAAUAGCCUAUCUACAUAGACAUUGUAUCAUUCAUAGAGAUUUGAAGGUUUCGAAUUUACUAUUGACAGACAGCGGCUGUGUAAAAAUAGCUGAUUUUGGUUUGGCAAGAAAGCUGGGGUAUCCUCCAAAACCGACAACCCCGACUGUUGUCACACUAUGGUAUCGAGCCCCAGAGCUACUAUUGGGAGCAAAGAUCCACACGUUUGCAGUAGACAUGUGGGCUGCAGGAUGUAUCCUCGGAGAGUUAUUAGCACACAAGCCUUUAUUACCAGGACAAUCUGAGAUUAACCAGCUAGAGAGAAUGAUCGACAUGCUCGGGACACCCAGCGAAACAAUAUGGCCUGGGUUCUCUGAACUUCCAGGAGCAAGGAACUACAGUCUAAGGCAACAGCCAUACAACAAUUUGAAGCACAAAUUUCACUGGUUAUCGAGAGCGGGACUGAGUCUUCUAAACAGACUACUGACGUACGACCCAGCCAAACGUGCAACAGCUGAUGAUUGUCUAGACAGCUCAUACUUUGUCGAGAAGCCACUCCCUAUUGAUCCCUCGAUGAUGCCUACAUUUCCUCAUCAUCGCGAACGUGCUUCAAAUGUCAAACAAACAAAACAAGUCGAAGACUCAAGCAAAAAGGGUGGGACAAAGCGAGGAGUGAGUAUAGCAUACAACAUGCUUGACAGCAGCCGCAGUAGUCAACAGGUAAUCAAGAAGAAGAAAUUGUGAAGUGUAUACUAGUCAGUUGUCACAACAUUGGUGUACGUGUUAGGAUUUAAAUAACCAUUUGUCAUAAACCGUUUUCUUGCAUGUGUGUCUGUGUGUAUAACACCAUACCAUUUCAUAU